AGUUGCAUUGCAGGGGUGGGACUCCUGCAUUCAGAUCUUCAUCAUGCGCAGAGGAAAACCCAGACUCACUUCAGAUCUGAUCUAAACACGCGAUCGGAUCCCGCCCGUGCAUCUGAUGCUCAAAUGCGCGUUAAUUGAUGGAUGAAAGUGUGUGUGAGCAGGAGAGGGAGAAACAGACACUGCUGAAGGUAGCACUAUGUCUGUACAGGGUCAGGAUAUUUCUGAAUAUCAUCUGAGCGUGGUGCUGAACCCGCCGGGAUGGGAGGUGUGUUUGUUUGUGUUUGGAUUUCUGGUUCUGUUUGCUGUGGUUAUAGUGAAUCUGUGGAGAUUAUAUAAAUCCGGCACCUUCCCGACUCCCUCUCCAUUCCCAAACUUUCACUACCGCUACCUGCAGGAGAAAUAUGGCUCUUCCCACUCCGAGAUCAGACAGAAGCGUGUUGCUGCUUGUAACCAGCGGAGGGCGUCGUCUGCGAGCCGCAAGCCGAGUCUGCAGCUGCUGGACACUCCAGACGGUCUCCGGGAUUUGGGGACCCUUGAGCUGAUGAGUCGAGAGCUGGACCCGAGCGGAGGCUCCCUGAACCGCUCGGUGUCCUCGGAGUCGCUGUGCUCCAUCUCGUCUGUGGCUCAGACCUUCGGGCAUGACUUCACUGUGGGCCAGCUAGAGGUCACGCUGGAGCUGGACACUCGGGCGUCUCUGCUGCUCGUCGCUCUGCAUCAGGGAAAAGACCUGCUGGAGAAAGAGGAGGAGAACUUCCCCGGAUGCUUCAUCACCGUCACACUCGUCCCGCAGCAGAUCAACCUGGGGGCCACACAGGUCCAGAGAAACGCCUUCACUGUAGUGUUUGAUGAGCGUUUCUCUGUUCCUCUGGAUUCAGUCAAUCUGGAGGAGAACAGCCUGCGAUUCUCCACCUUUGGUGUGGAUUCAGACGAGCGGAACAUCACUGCUGGGGUGGCAGAACUCAAACUGUCGGAUCUGGAUUUGCCGUACCGUCCGUUUAACGCCUGGCUCUACUUACAGGACAUCAACAAGGCUGUGGACGCUGUGGGCGAGAUCCUGCUGUCUCUCAGUUAUCUGCCCACUGCAGAGCGUCUCACCGUGGUCAUCGCUAAAGCCAAGAACCUGGUCUGGACUAAUGGAAAGACGACAGCAGAUCCAUUUGUGAAGGUGUACCUGCUUCAGGACGGCAGGAAGAUCAGUAAAAAAAAGACAUCCAUAAAGAGGGAUGAUACUAAUCCAAUCUUCAAUGAGGCUAUGAUCUUCUCAGUGCCAGCUAUCGUCCUCCAGGAUCUCUCUCUGAGAGUGACGGUCGCUGAGAGCACAGAGGACGGCCGUGGUGAAAACGUGGGUCAUGUGAUCAUCGGCCCGGAGGCCAGUGGGAUGGGAAUCACUCACUGGAACCAGAUGCUGGCGACUCUGCGCAAACCCGUCUCAAUGUGGCACCCGCUGCGGAGGACCUAAGCCUGUCUGCAUGGAGCCUACUCUCUAACUGUCCUCACAGUAAAGACCUUUCAGUGCGUGUCCCGUGGAUGAAUGGAUGGAUCUGGAAAGAGAGAGAAAUCGGCGGCUCAGGAUGAUCUGAUCAGCAAGGGUCUGAAAUCCAGGUUUUCUUAUCCAGGUUAACUUCAUUUCUACAUAUGAUAACAGGGUGGCUGGUCUUAUUCUCCAGCCUGAGUGUAAAAUGUGAUAGAGAUUGCGGUAGCCACAUUAUGUAGUACUAAAAAUCGACACAUAAAAAAUAUACAUAUAUUAUUUUGGCCAUAAAUUACUAUUAUGUUUAGUUCUGUUAUUAUUAGGAGUUUAAAUAGGAUUAUUUUCCUAUUAUUUGUGUCUGCUUAAACACAUUGUAAAAUGUAAAGUGUAACAACAACGCUGGGACUGUUUGUUCCUAUUCUCAGGCAAGUGCAAUGACACUUAUACGCCUAAAGGCGACGCCAUUGAGCCACAUUAAUUAUCAUAGACGAAGCAUUGAGGUGCUCCUUUUUUAAAUAUAAUCAUUAUAUUCCAAAUAACUAAUCGAAUAUUCUGUUUUACAAUAUAAUAUUUCAUUAACUCAAAACUAAUCAAACUCUCAUUAUUUAUUUAUUUUGGCUGAUGCAUUUUACCACAAGGGGGCGUGCAAGUACUUUAUAAAUGAGUGUUGAGGAAGUAGCUAAAAAAAGAAGUCUUUUAAUAAUAAUAAUUACCUCUUUUUGUUUUGUACUGCAAUGUGAUUACUACUUACUCUGGAUAGUAUUAACAUAACAUAUUAAUCAAUAAUUCACCCAUUCAUUUCUAACUUUAGCAAACUUUAUUUUCCUGUGGCCAAUUUUUCACACUCUUUAUCACACUGCUUGUGCCGUUCAGUGAAGUUGAGAUGUUUUUUUAGGGCAUACAUUUGAAUUACUUUCACAUUUCACAACCAUUUUUAAAGUGUAACAAAGACCAUUUUUCGGCCAUCUUCAUACUUGGUUAGCAUGUCAAAUUGAAAAGAAGUGCUUUUAGAUCAAUAGAAUAUUUGUUGUUGGACCUUAUAGUUGUUAAAUUAGCCUUAGUACAUUCAAAUCAUAUAUGUAGCGCAAGUAAUUACAAAAACAAUAACUGUUACGGGGAGUACUGAAGAAUAAAUAGUAGUCUCUUAUGUCAUUUCAUCACAGGAACAUGUACUUUGUAGUUUUGUACUUUGUAAUGCGUUAAUCUCACUCUGCAUAAACUGGAAUAUGUAUAAACACUCACGGCACGAAAGAAAAUCUACAAUCAUUUGAACUGCCGCAAUAAUUCCUAUCUUGAUGACAGAAUGUAAAAACCUCAUACCAAAAUCUGUGAAUCACAUCCGACAUCAGUUUUGUAGAGCGAAGGAGAGAUUUGAGCUUCGUGCGGUGAAGUCGUUUGAUUUAAUGAAGUGUGAAGUUCAUUUUUACUACUAACAAUGUUUGAAGCUUAUCAACAUUAACCUUCAAUCUGUGCCAAAUUCACCCUAAUAGAAGCAAUAUUCUUAUUUGCAGUGUACAUCUAAUGUUUUAAAAAAGAUUUCAAGAAUGAUCAAACAGAUCUUUACGAUGCAUGCACUUGUAAUGUAGAACCUAUUGCAAUCAGAUGAACUGUUUAAAUAAAAAUGCUUUAUGUGGAUUGUUUCA